AUGUGUCUAACCUGCCACUCACCUGUCUCCUCCUGCCCCCCCUGUCUGCCCCACCGCCCUUGCAUGUGGCGGCACCAGCGUGGUGCUCAACGGCACGCAGCUCACCGUCGUCCAGUCGUGAGUGCUGCCCAAUGCCCUCCGCCUCUCCUCCCCACUCAUUCCUCUCCCUUCAUUCCUCCCCACUCAUUCCUCUCCCUUCAUUCCUCCCCACUCAUUCCUCUCCCUUCAUUCCUCCCCACUCAUUCCUCUCCCUUCAUUCCUCCCCACUCAUUCCUCUCCCUUCAUUCCUCCCCACUCAUUUCUCUCCCUUCAUUCCUCCCCACUCAUUCCUCUCCCUUCAUUCCUCCCCACUCAUUCCUCUCCCUUCAUUCCUCUUCACUCAUCCUCUCCACUCCACUGACCCACCACUCUCACUCAUCCGCAUCCCUCUCCCCUGGUGUGCUGCACUCGUUCAGCUGCGUCUGCAAUGCCUCACCACCAUGCUGCCCUCGCCUACCCAUUCCCCUACUGGCUGCCCCGCUGCGCCCCUGCCCGUGCAUGCAUGGCAGUGGGGCGGGGUUUGACUUUGCCAUCCGCACGCCCGUCACGCCGCCGCGCUGGAAGCAGUUUGACGCCGAGCUCACUGCCGCGUGGCGGGUGAGUGAUUGGGGGUGGGUGAGAGGGGUGGGUGAGGGGGGUGGGGGAAGGGGGUGCGUGCGGGGGGUGGGGGAGGGGGGUGGGUGCGGGGAGUGGGUGAGGGGGGUGGGUGCGGGGCGUUGGUACCAGUUGAUGCCGCUGACGCGCGGCAGUGCCAUGGUGGGGCUCAUCGCCGUGCUCGGCCUCUCCAUGGCCGCCGGCAUGCUCACCACCGCCCCCAUCCCGCAUGCCAUGCAGGUGGACUGGGAGGCCAUCCUCGUGCCGCACUUCGCAGCCUUCAACGCGUCGGUGGCGCCGUGGCUGUACGCGCCCGCCACCGUGCUCGCUGCGCCCUCCCACCUGCCGCUCGUGGCCCACGUGCUGCCCUCCACACGCCACGUCAUCGCUGCUCUCAACCAUCAAGGCUGA